UCUCUCUCAAAAAUAAACAAACAUUUUAAAAUAAAUAAAUAAUAGGAAUUACAGAAAGAGAAAAAGGACAUUACAGAGGGAAGGACACGAUCAAGGAAAUAAUUCAAGAACAUUUCCUGGAACUGAAGGACAUUAGUUUUCAUACUGAAAAGACUCAUUGAGUAUUCAGCACAGUGGAUGAAAUUGACCCACCUAAACCAGAAUCAUCAUGAGAUUUCAAAACACUGGAAACAAAGAGAAGAUCCUGAGUCUUCAGAGAGGAAAAAAACAAGUUACAUAAAAAGAAUCAGAAUUGCCUUAGACUCUCAACACACCAGAAGCUAGACAGCAAUGGGGCAGUGCCUUCAGCAUGCUGCAGGAAAAUAAAUUCAAACCUAGAAUUCUAUAUCCAGCCAAAUUAUACAUCAAAGAUGAAGAGACCCCAGAAUCCAACAAUAGUGUGUAUACUUCCUUCAUGAAGUCUCAUCGCUGCUAUGACCUGAUUCCCACAAGCUCCAAAUUGGUUGUAUUUGAUACUUCCCUGCAGGUGAAGAAAGCUUUCUUUGCUUUGGUGACUAAUGGUGUACGGGCUGCCCCUUUGUGGGAUAGUAAGAAGCAAAGUUUUGUGGGCAUGCUGACCAUCACCGAUUUCAUCAAUAUCCUGCAUCGCUACUAUAAAUCAGCCUUGGUACAGAUCUAUGAGCUGGAAGAACACAAGAUAGAAACUUGGAGAGAGGUGUACCUACAGGACUCCUUCAAACCACUUGUCUGCAUUUCUCCUAAUGCCAGCUUGUUUGAUGCUGUCUCUUCAUUAAUUCGAAACAAGAUCCACAGGCUGCCAGUUAUUGACCCAGAAUCAGGCAACACCUUGUACAUCCUUACCCACAAGCGUAUCCUCAAGUUCCUCAAACUGUUUAUCACUGAGUUCCCCAAGCCAGAGUUCAUGUCUAAGUCUCUGGAAGAGCUACAGAUUGGCACCUAUGCUAACAUUGCUAUGGUCCGCACCACCACCCCUGUCUACGUGGCUCUGGGCAUCUUUGUACAACACCGAGUUUCAGCACUGCCAGUAGUAGACGAGAAAGGGCGUGUGGUGGACAUCUACUCCAAGUUUGAUGUUAUCAAUCUGGCAGCAGAAAAGACCUACAACAACUUAGAUGUGUCUGUGACGAAAGCCCUCCAACAUCGAUCACAUUACUUUGAGGGUGUCCUCAAGUGUUACCUGCAUGAGACUCUGGAGACCAUCAUCAACAGGCUGGUGGAAGCAGAGGUUCACCGACUUGUAGUGGUAGAUGAGAAUGAUGUGGUCAAGGGGAUUGUAUCACUGUCUGACAUCCUGCAGGCCCUGGUGCUCACAGGAGGAGAGAAGCCCUGAGCUGGGGAACGGGUCAGGCAGCACCAGGGGACAUACCCCUCUCACUGCCUGCCCACAGUUCUAGGAACCACAGAUGAAACCUUAAGAGAAUUGUAACUCUGUUCUCUGCUUGGGAGCCCCCUACCUGGGACUCCCUGGGAGCUGGGGAAGGUGUGGGGGGAGGAAGGAGAAUGGAUUUUUAGCUGUCCUUAUCCUCACACAUACAGCCUAGCCCAUCUUAGCCCCUGCCUUCUUAGACAUAUCCCCCUUACUGGGUGAAUGAUGGGCUGUGUGCCCCUCAAGCAAAUUCUGAUCUCUAAGAGAUCCCCAAACCUCACCCAGCCUUUGCCUCUGCCUUUGCCCCUGACUCCACCCUGAGAUAAUAGCACAACAAACCCCUUCUAAAGGUAUUUUUAUUUAUCCUGUUAAAUGCUGUAUGGAGGAGGCUGAGUCCAUUUAGUGACAUUUCUUCCCAUAAUGGCAGUGGGGAGGAUUGUGGGGAGGAGGGCCUUUGGGUUCCUGUGCUGUGUGCAUAUGAAGGGAGGUGGGGGUUAGGAAGAGGAGGAGGGCAGAGUGAUUAGCUGAGGUUAUUGCUUUUCAUGGCAAACGUAAUUAAAAUGACAGGAACCUCUUCAUGGUA